AUGAACCAACACCAGACUUAUUCCAUCACUGCUCUGCUUAGGAACGUCCUUCCUCUCAGACCCAGUGCCUCGGUCAUGUCUACCCUCUGCGCUUGCCACCUCUUCCAAAUGUCCCUCAUCUCGUCCUCUUGCAGCUCACCUUCUGCUCAGCAGGCUCCUGUGUCUUCCUCUUCUGGAAGCUCAACUGCUGCCUAUUUUGAGAAACCUUCACUUGGUCCCCGCAGUGACUGUAUCUUGACAUUUUCCACAGCUUUUGUGACCAUUUCUCACAAAAUACAAUUAGCUGUACCCAUUUCUGACUUUCCCACUGAGGGGGAAGCAGAAGUAGAGGCCAUCUUCGAGGAAGCCUCCUUGGAGAUGGAGAAGCUACGUAUGAAUGUCUCGACAGAUCAUGGCGCCUGCCACUUCUCAGAGAGCUACAAGCAAGUCUAUCUAUCACUAACCUACAGUCUCAUCUUCAUGCUAGGGAUGCCCCUCAAUGGGGCUGUCUUAUGGCUCUCCUGGUGCCAGACCAAGCCCUGGAGCUGUGCCACCAUCUACCUGAUGAACCUGAUGGUGGCGGACCUGCUUUACAUACUAAGCCUGCCCUUGCUCAUCAUCACCUACGCGGUGGGCGACACCUGGCUCUUUGGGGAGAUGCUGUGCAGGCUGGUGCGUUUCCUGUUCUACACCAACCUCUAUAGCAGCAUCCUGCUGCUGACCUGCAUCUCUCUACACCGCUUUCUAGGAGUGUGCCACCCCCUGAGCUCACUGUCCUACCGGACUCACCAGCAUGCCUGGCGAGCAGCUGCUGCCACCUGGGCCCUGGUAAUCCUCCAGUUGCUACCGACUCUGGUUUUCUCUCACACAGACUAUGUAAAUGGCCAGAUGAUCUGCUAUGACACAGCCAGCCCAGAGAAUUUUGAUCAUUUCUUUGCCUACAGCAUGGUACUGAUGUUAUCUGGGUUUCUUCCCCUCCUUGAUCAUUCUUGGGUGCUAUUCUCUGAUGGUCAGGAGACUGACAAAUCCAGUGGAGGAUCUCCCAACGGCAGGCCGCACAGCCCGUGCCAAGUCUAUUCGGACCAUCCUGCUGGUGUGUGGCCUCUUCACACUCUGUUUUGUGCCCUUCCACAUCGCCCGAUCCUUCUACUUGGUCAUCCGCUUCCUGAAGUCACAGGACUGCCAGCUCUUGUCAGCAGCCAGUAUGGCCUACAAGAUCUGUAGGCCUCUGGUAAGCAUGAGCAGCUGCCUCAACCCGGUCCUGUACUCUUGUCACAGGGCAACAACAGAACCCAACUCCUCCAGAAGCUGAGACAAAACAAGGUGGGUGAACACCCCACUGGCAUGAAAGGAGCACCAGGUGCUAGGCAGAUCCAGGCACUGCCAGGAUGA